UACAUUUACGUAGUACUUCACAUCCACUUUGGAUUUAAUGAUAACUUAUUUAUUCUUAAUUGCAUAGGUGUACAUCAGUAUCGAGAAAACUUUCUGGGUAAUCGAAAAUUUCAAAAAAAAAUAGUUUUUGGGUACCUAUUUGUCUUGUCGAAUAUGAAUCAAAGUGAAUACAAAAAGUUGAAUAGCUUGAGUUACCUUGUCUACGUCUGUAACUACUGUUGUAUUUAAAAUACGAUACCGGAGGUAGAGCCACGUCCAGUAGUUCAAAUAGUAUGUAAGUGACCUUGAAAACAUACCUACUGGAACUAGGACAUUGACUGUCAAGUGAAAUGAUGACUGAUGCAGUAUUGCAGUUCCUCCCUCUUUGUCAAAAUAUUAUGUUCAAAAUUCAUCCGUUAUCGAUCACAUGAUAAAUACCGUAAAGUAUUAAAUAAAACGUCAAGAGGGUAACCUUUAUAAAAUGUGGAUAUUCGGUUAUGGUUCCCUAAUAUGGAAAGUGGACUUUCCCUUUGAGGAGAAGAUUCUGGGUUUCGUCAAGGGCUUCGACAGGAGAUUUUACCAGUACAGCACGGACCACAGAGGAACCCCAGAAAAUCCCGGAAGAACUGUUACUAUAAUUCCUGCCAAGGAAGACUCCAGAGUGUAUGGGAUUGCCUAUAAAAUCAGAGACUCUGAUAUCGAAGAUGUCGUCAGCCACCUGGAUUUCAGAGAAAAAGACGGAUACGAACGAAAGUCUGUAAUGUUCUACCCUAUCUCUUCCGACCAAAAACCUUUUGAGAUUACUAUUUAUAUUGCUAAUCAGGAUAACAUCAACUAUGCAGGGUACGCCGACCUGAAAGAUAUUGCCAAGCAAGUAGUGAAAUCUGUGGGGCCCAGCGGCCCUAACAUUGAUUACGUCUUUAAUUUAGCUGACGCCAUGAGAACACUCUUUCCCUCUGUCAAGGAUAACCACUUGUUUGAAUUGGAAAGGAAUGUCUCAGCUUUGUUAAACGAAUCCAGUAUACGUAAAAGUACCUAGUUCAAUUUGAUUAGCAACAGUUUUUUAAUAAAUUAUUUAUUGUC